AUGACUGAUCUGUUUGACGUAAAAAUGUACAAGGAAAUGGAUAUCUGCACAUACACAGUCCCCGUGAAACUCGCUGACAGUCAGUUUCCGAAGAACAUUACUACAUUAAAGAUACAGGUGUGUGAUUGUCAAGGAGAUGCCACAGAUUGUCAGGAUAGAGAAGCAGUCGCAGGAGGCACAGGAAUCCUGGAGAGUCUCAGCAUUCUUGGGAGUAUCCAGGCACUUCUGAUAUUGCUAUUAUUGCUCAUGCUAUUUUUGAGAGUCAAGAAGGUAGUUAAUGAGCCCCUACUGCCACCGGAAGAUUACACUUCGGAUAAUGUCUACUGUUACAAUGAAGAAAGCGGUGGGGAGGAGGACCAGAAUUUUGAUCUUGGCCAACUUCACAGCGGUCUCGAUGUCCACCCAGACGUCAUACGUAACAAUGUUGCCCCAACACUGUCUGCUCCCCAGUAUCGCCUGCGCCUGGCCAAUCCGGAUGAGAUUGGGAACUUCUUUGUAGAGAACCUGAAUGCAGCUGAUAACAACCCCACCGCUCCCCCAUAUGACUCCAUCCUCGCGUUUGACUAUCAAGGCAGUGGAUCAGAUGCUGCCUGCCUCAGCUACUUGAACUCCUCCAACUCUGACGCUGACCAGGAUUACAGCGGUCUGCAAUCCUGGGGACCCUGCUUUAACAAAUUGGCAGACAUGUACGGAGGAGGCGAGGACUAG